AUGAACCUCAAUGAUUUGACGAUAGGAAUAGUGUUCUUACUUCAGAGUGCAGUUGGAAUUGUGGGGAAUUUCUCUGUUCUUUCCUGCUACCUCAUCCAUUACUACAAUGAACAGACAUUAAAGACCACAGAUUUGAUUCUCACACACAUGUUCACAGCCAACAUCUUGAUCAUUCUCUCUAAAGGAUUACUCCAUACAAUGAGAGCUUUUGGGAUGAAAGGGUUCAUCACUCAUUUUGGAUGUGAAUUACUUUUGUAUAUUCAAAGACUAGGCAGGAGCAUGUCCAUUGUCACCACCUGCUUCUUGAGUGUUUUCCAGGCUAUCACAAUCAACCCUGGGAACUCUUUUGGUUUGAUCCUUAAAGUCAAAGCUCCAAAGCAUAUUGUUCUGCUCACCUCCCUCUUCUGGAAGCUGUACAUGUCAGGAAAUAUGAUUUUUCCUUUGUAUAUGUAUACUAAGCAGAACAGGAACAUCUUGGCACAUGAGAGUGAUAUGAAAUACUGCUCCAUUUCAGGUAACGAUGCCCUUGGAAGCUUAUUAUAUACAGUGUUGUUUGUUCUUCCUGAAAUUUUGCUUUCUGUCAUCAUUGUUUGGUCUAGCUGUUCCAUGGUUGUCACUUUGUAUAGGCACAACCAACGGGUUCAACAUAUCCGCAGCUCCAGUGUUUCCUUCAGAACAUCUCCUGAGUACAGAGCCACCCACCGCAUACUGACCUUUGUGUCAACCUUUAUAGGUUUCCAUGCCCUCUCUUCCAUCUUACAAGGUUGCAUUGCUCUCAUACACAAUCCUCAUUUGUGGCUGCUGAAUAUUAAUGCAAUUAUUUCUAUGUGUUUUCCUACUUUGGGGCCCUUCUUAAUGAGCCGUGACUACACAUUGCAAAGAUUGUGCUUUACUGAGUAA